AUGUUCGACAUACUAGCAGACACUGAGAAUAAUUCAGUGCAUUAUGAUCAGUAUAAUCAUGUACCAAAGCUAAAAUUACUAGCAGUGCCGUAUAACAGUCAAGCUGAGCGCGAUGGCAUUAUAUAUACGCAAAGUGACCUAUUUCAUCAAAUAAAAUCUUUCAAUGUACAAUUCUACCAUUUACAAAGCUUCGAAAAUGCACAUAUUGAACCCACUGAAAAUAAAUGUACAACAGUCAACGCAAGCUCAGCUUUCACAGAUAAUAAUAGUAAUAAUCAGGAAACUAACUCACUAGCCAUAAUCAGUGAGCAGAGGAAGCUUUUAUUCACAAUACCAGUCACAAUUAAUUUCAAUAAAAAUUUAAACAAUGUCUGUGAAAGUAUCAUAGAGGAAGGCUGUGAUGAGUGUUCAGAAAUCCGGCCGAAUAAAUUAUUUUAUAUGCUGACAAAACUAAGCGGGCUAUCAAAUAGUCUUGGCAGUACAAAUUCACUAUCAGUAAAUAUACAGAUACACGACAAUGUCAGUAAGACAAAUCAGGUGUUCAGUGUUAUGCGUCACUAUCAGUUAUAUAGAGAAGUGCAAAAGGCUUUACACUUAUUGCAGGAAUUUUCAGGUAAAACAAAAGAUUGUUAUUAUCAGUAA